CACCGCGGGAAAGGGGAAUGGCUGGGGAUUUGCAGCGCGGCGAAGUUCUGCCUCUAAGACCCGGAUGGGUUGUAUAUGUUGCAGUGUGUGGCGUGAUGGCAUCACACGGCCUGUUUUCUACAUAGAGAGAGAGUUGUACAGGGCCUGUACGCGCAGAAGGAAAUACCCAAGGUGGUGAAAAUGGCUGAAAAUGGAGAUAGUGAAAAUAUGUCUGACUUGGAAAGGAAGAUCUGUCAGCAAAUUGAGUACUAUUUCGGUGAUCACAACUUACCACGAGACAAGUUUCUCCAGGAGAAGAUCAAGCUGGAUGAUGGCUGGGUGACUUUAGAAACAAUAAUCAAAUUCAACAGGUUAAAUCGCCUUACAAAAGACUUUGAUGCAAUAGUGGGGGCAUUAAAAAAAUCAAAGACUGAACUUAUGGAAGUUAGUGAAGACAAAACUAAAAUCCGAAGGUCUCCAAACAAACCUUUGCCUGAAGUAACUGAACAAUAUAAGAAUGCAGUUAAAAGCAGAUCUGUGUAUAUUAAAGGUUUCCCACUAGAUGCAACCCUUGAUGAUAUCAAAGAAUGGCUAGAUUGUAAAGGCAAAGUUGAAAAUAUUCAGAUGAGGAAAACACUUCAGAAAACCUUUAAGGGAUCAGUAUUUGCAGUAUUUGAUAGUGUUGAAUCUGCCAAGCAGUUUGUUGAAACUCCAGGCCAAAAGUACAAUGACACAGAUCUUAUUGUACUUUUCAGGGAUGAUUACUUUGCAAAGAAGAAUGAUGAGAAAAAACGGAACAGACUGGAAGCGAAAGCAAAGGCCAAACAGGAAAAGGAAGAGAAACAGAAGCAAGCAGAAGAUGCUGAAAUGAAAUCUCUGGAGGAAAAGCAAGGAUGCUUGCUGAAAUUCUUUGGAGACCUAGAAGAUCAGACUUGCCGAGAAGAUCUCCAUGCAGUUUUCUCUGACCACGGUGAAAUUAAAUGGAUAGACUUUGUCAGAGGUGCAAAAGAGGGAAUCGUCCUAUUCAAGAGCAGUGCAAAAGAAGCGCUGGAUAAAGCCAAGGAAGCAAAUAAUGGGAGUCUGCAGCUGCGAGACAAAGACGUUACAUGGGAGGUGCUUGAAGGAGAUGCGGCAAGAGAAGCACUAAAGAAAAUCAUGGAAGGACAGCAAGAAUUAUUAAACAAAAAGAAAGGAAAAGGUCGCAAAGGUAAAGGAAAAGGUGGCAAGGGAUCUCAAGGUACACAGGACAGAAAAGUGAAAUUCCAAGGCAAAAAAACAAAGUUUGAGAGUGAAGAUGAAGAGGAGGGCGAAGAGAAUAAUAUAACAGAGCCUGCAAGUCCAAAGAAAAGACCACUUGAAGAGGCUGAAAAAGAAGAACCUGCCCCCAAACAGCUGAAAACAGAAAAUGGAGCUGGAGCUAUGGAAUAGUACUUCAGAAAGCAUUGAGGCUUUUAUCUUAAAGAAGUUUUAAAUCAUUCCUCCACUUUUUCCACAAGAGAAUCUAAUGAAGUCAACUUCAAUGUCCACCUGCAAAGAGCAUAAAAAAAAAUAACAUUUUAGAUUUUCUUUGGGAUUCCUGCUUAUUUAACAUUUUUAUAAUAGGUAUUUGAGUGAUAUCUGGCUGGUGUCCCAUUUGCUCAACUGACUUCCGUUAGCUCAUCUCCCCUUACAGCCCACAAACAUGCACUGGAGCAUUGGGGAGCUUCUAGUCAAAUUGGGGAUGGGGAUGGGAUGGAAUGUGGCAUGUCACACUGGAUAUUGCUGUAAGCAAUUGUUAUACAGCCAGACACCACCCUUUUGGGCCUGUGCAAACAAGCACACACUGCAAUCUAUUCUAUUGGUUGCAACAGAAUGCUUCUUUGAAGCCUAAUUUCAGCAAUUGGGAGCAGCAGGGCAGUGGGCAGGCCCCUGUGGGCACAUCUGCCCCGAGGGGAAGGCUAACAAAUGCCCUCAUUCAAACUGUACAAAAGCUGUAUUUAGUAUAUAUCAAAUAAACUUAACAUGCUUAAA